UAUUUUGUCAAAUAAAUCUCAAAUCCCAGCGCGGAACGCGGGCAUUAAAACUAGUAAAAAAUAAAGUUAAGGUAACUACUAACUAGUGUUGUUAAAACCGGCCUGACCUGAACAGUCUGACCCAAGAAACCAGACGAAGCUACAUUUGUAUUUUGAACCAGUUUCAGCUAUUGGUCCGAGCAAGGAAGUAAGUUACUAGUAGGAAUGGUAAUGAGGCUAAUUUUACUAAAUCUAUCUUUUCAAUUCGUAAAAUAAAACCCUUCUCAUCUUGCGUAUGAAAAUAAGGCAAAAUACACUUGUAUAGUCAAAACUUUCACGUUUGUGCCAAUAAUAGCCAAAUUUGGAGAAAUAUCACUUAUAGCCAGCUUUUAAAGUUUUUUUUUUUUUUUACAAAGGGCAUUGUUUUUCCAUUACUUGUGGCAAAAGCCAAGGGUUACAAGAGGGGAGCAACUACAUCAAGAAUUUGUGGCAAAAGCCAAGGGUUACAAGAGGGGAGCAACUACAUCAAGAAUAUGAAGCCAUUCAAUGGGCAGCUGAUUCUUUGCACAAGACCUAGCCACCAAGUUUACUUUGGAAGUAUUCUUCCUGUUGAUGUGGUUAACCUUGAUCAUUGGGUGGGCGUCAAUGGUCUGCUUGAUGAUGUCGAGCCACGCUGCUGCACGCCAUGGCCACAAACCAGGCUGGCCCUGAAGCAUCUGGACCAGGGAGAGGCAGUCCGAGCGGACAAGGCAUGGCAAACGGAGGUCAGCAGCCAAAAGGGAGCCCUCUAGCAACGCCUUAGCUUCUGCUUCAAGUGGGGAAAAACAGUGCAGGGGCUCAGUUUUCACUACAAGAAAACCAUUAAACCAACCUAUAGAGACAAAUAAAUAGAAACAAUUAUUGUAUUGGUAUCUAUAGUUGAGUUUUAGGGCCAGAAAUAUUAUUUGUUUCAAUAGAAGAAAUUAUUUGUCUCUAUAGGUAAAUCUAAUAGCUUUUAGAAACAAAUACAAAUGUUACUUAUAGUAUAUCAUAUAGAGGCAAAUCUUAUAGUCUUUAUAGGCAAAUAUAAAUGCCACUUAUAAUCAUGUCAUAUAGAGAAAAAUUUCUUAGUCUUUAGAAGCAAAUACAAAUGUUCCUUAUAUCUAUUUCAUAUAGAUGCAAAUAUAAUAGUAUUUAGAGACAAAUACAAAUGUCUCUUAUAGACAUGUUAAUAUAUGUGCAAAUCUAAUAGUAUAUAGAAACAAAUACAAAUGCCUCUAAUAUUUUUAUUAAUAUAGACACAAAUCUAAUGAUCUUUAGAGAUAAAUACAAAUAUCACUUAAAAUCCUAACCAUGUACAAGUAAGUUAUAAAUAAAUCCCCUUGUAAUUGUUAACCUAGUUACUACCCUCGUUUAUUAAAAAUAUAAUAAUGUAUUAAAUUUCCAAGAAAAGAACUUUGAGAAAAAACUAAUAAUUAAAGUAAUUAAUAAGGAGAAACCCCAUGCCCCCAUCCCUGUCGCAUGCAAAUCCCUUUUUCAGCACCGGUUGCCGCCGCUUCAUCUCCCUCAAGCCGCUAACAUCUCUCCCUUCCCGAUCAAAACGUCAUAAUUGUGACUGUUCAUUCAAGCAACCAUCAUCUCAACCUUUCUGAUCCAACCUUCCAAGACGUUGAAAGGCCUUUGAUUCGAGGGAUGAUGGCAUCGACGAUUGAAGUGCGCCUCCCAGCCAAUUUUCGUUAGGAUUACCGCUGAAAUCAAUCUCUAUAAGCACGACCCUUGGGAUUUCACAGGUAAAUGUCAUUUUUUCCCCUACGAUUCAGUUUAUUAUCGGCUAAUUGAUUGGACUUUUCUUCUAUGCGUUUUCAGAUUUCAUUGUUGUCGCCGUCCCUCAAAUCGCCAUCUCCGCAAUCACCUCAACAAACGAGAGCGGCGGGCACCAAAUCUAAGAUGGGAAAAGCAGAGUGCGAGCGGCAGAAAGGGAUUUAGACAGAUCCAUCACCCGCCUCGGCCAGAUCUAGAUCCUUUAAAACCCAACCAACCCCUGAUUGCUAUCCUUGAUAACCGUCCCUCAAUAAGAUCGUUGUUGGGUGGGGAAUUUGCUCCGACGGUGAUCGAGGAGUGUAGCGUCGAAGGAUCUAGAUAUUCAACGUUGUGGUUCGAACAUCAACUUCUAAUUAAGUUUUGAAGCAUUCAUUCAUGGAGUUGAAGAUUGAUGAGCUUUCACUGUAAUUUCUCACUAAUAAGAGUAACUUGUAAAG